AUGGAAGGGGACACCGCACAUCUGGCAAUGAGCCCUGAAGAUCACUACUGCGCCAUACCCAAAGUCUUGCAAGCAUACUCACUCGGGACCACAUAUCCUGCUCUUUUAGUGAUUUGCAUCGUAGGCCUAGUGCGGCUGAUCAGACGUCGACAGCAAGGCCAGUACGCCUUGCCUAUGAGCGAGAUGGAUUCACAAUCCCCGAGGCAGAAGAAGUACGAUUGCGAGGAGCAGACAAAGGAACGGCAACAGACUACGCUCAGUUCGGAGGCUCUCUCGCGCAGAACCUACCCUCUGCCUUCGGCUUGUGAUAUACUGCAACCCCUGUCGCAUCUUGCACCGUUGCCAUCAAGUGGCUAUCUUGCCUCUAUUUUGGGUUGUCAACCGAGUAGAAGCCAAUUGGCAUCUGAAGAAGAUGGUCAGUUGCAGCAGCCUUCUGCACUUGCUGGAUCCGAGGCCAGGGCCGUAUCCGAGGGGAACGUAUCCGAUCGUGAUGAAUAUCGCCCAGCGACAUCGGAUAAGAAUGCUGGCUUGGUCGGCUCAUUCGCCUCGGCCUGUUCUAAAAUAGAAAAUGAGGAUCAACGCCAGGACGAAGCUUCAACAGUACCUGCUGCAUGGUCUGUUGAGACUCACAGACAGGAAAUCUAUGAGCUUCCAGGCUCCGAAGAACUUCAUCCAACUCAGAGAGGAAACCAAACCGUUCACUUUCCUCAGGUUGUGGAUGCAGAAGGCACCCGUUCCUGGAAGCGGUUGAUCGUGGAAUACAGCUGA